AUUUCCCCUCCGGGAAUCCGAUUGCUAUACCAGAGUGGUCCAUCUGACCGCCGCCUCCGACGUUAUUGUCAUUUGUUUACCUUUCGGCCGUAUAGGUGAAAAUGGCAUCCGCUUUGGAGCACUUCGUCAAUAACGUCACUUCUCUAUCGUCACAGGGCAACUACAGUGAAGUUGUAAAAUAUGUGAGCAAGAGCACAGAAGUACUUGCAAAAAAUGUGGCCCACUUGGACACUGUUCUGGCAACUUUGCAGCCGCAAGCCCAUUCACUGGGUGUAAUGGCAGUGUUGUGUGUUAGGUUGCAGAACACGACACAUACAGAUGCAAACAUUGACACACUGCAUGCAACGGUAGCUGAAUUUAUUAAUGUGUGCAGUGAAGAACAGAUCAAAUAUGCUCCUGAUAUGAUGGCAGACUUGUGCGGAAGUUACGCCGAUUUGCUCGUAGCCGGCAACUGUGCCAUGCGAGGAAUCGAGGUCCUGAGCACAGCCAUUCGUAAGACACAGGAGUCUCCUCUGCACUUGACGUCGAUCCACGCUCACCUAGUGCAUCUCUGUCUCCUGUCAAAGUGUUUCAAACCGGCCGUGAAGCUCAUGGAUGUUGAUAUUAUGGACAUAAGUAAAGAGCGAGGAGUUUACGAUGUCAAGCACUUUCUCCUUUACUACUACUACGGGGGGAUGAUCUACACCGCCAUCAAGAACUACGAGAGAGCGCAGUACUUCUUCCGUGUGUGCAUUACGACUCCAGCCUUAGCAGUGUCCCAUAUCAUGCUGGAAGCCUUCAAAAAGUAUAUCUUGGUCUCCCUCAUAUUAGAAGGAAAGAUUGGAAAGAUUCCAAAGUACGCCUCGCUAGUGGUUACGCGCUUCAUAAAACCACUAAGUCAAGUUUACUGGGAUUUAGGUACAGCUUUUAUUACUAACUGCCCUGAUAAAGUGUUUUCUGUGAUCAACAAAAAUCAAGAUACGUUUGUAAGAGAUCAAAACAUGGGCCUUGUCAAACAGUGUUUGAAUGCUCUCUAUAAGAAGAAUAUCCAGAGGCUAACCAAGACCUUCCUCACGCUCUCUCUUGCCGACGUGGCCAACCGAGUGCAGCUCUCCACUCCGCAAGAAGCGCAGAAGUACAUUUUGAACAUGGUUGCUAAUCCUACUGAUUCGGCCUCUGAAAUUGCAGACCUCAAGGCUUCCCUUCAAAAAAUGCAAGAGAAAAUGGCUGCAUUAGAAGGUAAGCAAAGUGAAGGUGAUAUUUCCAGUGAUGGGAAAAAGUCCAAGGAAGAGACAGGCGAAAGAAGGGAGCAUUCUCCUUCUGAUCCUCUCGACUUAGAGGAAGUAUCGGAGGAUGAGGUAAUUAACAGAGAAGGUUUGUCGAACUAUAAGGUUCUUACUUCUCUCCUGCUAGAAGAAUAUGGAGAUUCUUUGACUCCAGCUGCUCCUCCUUCUCCGCACUCUCUAUUUUCAAGCGCUAAAUCUCUUAAGUCUUCGUUCUUCCUUAAGAUGAGACCGGCCAUAUCGAUGAAGAGGGCCCUGCAGUCUCUGGAUUCCUGGAUUAAAACUAAAAAGGAACUGGGGAGGACGGUCUUUUGUUUGCCUCCGGCCAAACUGACGGGAAGAAGAGGCAUAUGGUAUGAGACUGGAGAAAAUAUGGGAUUGUCUCUGCCUACUUCGGCUGAAUCAGACUUCUCGAGUCUUGUAGACUCCUCGAGAAGGCACGCUUUGAACUCGGCCCGAGCAACAUGGGGCCUUUCGGAAAUGGACCAUCUCCUCAAGGGGCUUUUCCACGUCUUGGAGGUUUUCAAUUUCCUGGAUUGGUCCCUUGGGGUUUUGGCCAAAAAGACCCAUGAAGAGGAAGGCCUAAACCCAGAGACUUUGCAUAGCAUACUUACAUGCAUCGACAAAGCAGUUCAGGAUGGUUCGGCAGAGGUCUCCUCCCUCUUUGGUGCGGGGAUGUUAAAGAAGAGGGCAGUUUAUAGUGCUUUCCUCACUAAGGCCGUCUCUCCUUCACAGAGAGCCGCCUUGCUUUUUGCCCCUCUUUCAGAGCAUUUGUUCCCUUCUCAGUUGGUGAAGGACAUUUCACAUUCGCUAACUGAGAAGGCGACUCAAGAUCUCCUCAGGCAGUCAUCGAGGAAGAAUAGGCCUGUGGCCAAUGAAGAGAAGAAAGGGAUGCAGCUAUGCAUGGAAGUGGAACGUAGACUACAGGCCAUGGAAGAGGAGAUCGUCGUCAAUCCUCAGUACGUGCAGAAGGUCCUUGGCCCACAGGAAGAUGAGGGCCCCACCCCUUCCUCAGCUCAGUCGUCAUCUUUCUCUAUUGUCUCCUCCAUGUGAUUCAUUUAGUUUUAUUGUUUUUCGUUUCAUUUUAUGUACAGAAGUUAUACGUUAAUUUAAGUCCCAUUUUGAGUUUGAAGCUACUUUUGAGGAAGUGUCGGACAAAGGAACUGCUUUUGACUUUUCCUCCUUUCAGUCUACACAAGAUAAAAUUGAGAACGUUCGCUGUGGCAUCUUUUGACCACAGAUGUACAUUACGAUCAUUUUAAGAAAUUCCAUCGAGAGUUUCCUUUGUCCAGUUUUAAUCUCUUCUGCUGCUUAUGCAUUGACUCCUGACACUAGCACUUACCCCUUCCUAAAAAUUGUAUAAACAGUCCUUUCUCUGUCAAAGUUGUAUUUAUAAAAUGUUCUCAAUAAUGGAAUAUUUCUUACUCAGAUAGUAA